AUGGUUUUAGUUCAAGAUUUGCUACACCCAACUCCAGCUACUGAAGCUAGAAAGCACAAGUUAAAGACUUUAGUGCAGUCUCCAAGAUCCUACUUCUUGGAUGUCAAAUGCCCAGGUUGUUUGAACAUCACCACCGUCUUUUCUCAUGCUCAAACCGCAGUGACUUGUGAAUCCUGCUCUACUGUGUUGUGCACUCCAACUGGUGGUAAGGCCAAACUUUCCGAAGGUACUUCUUUCAGAAGAAAGUAA